AUAAAACCUUAAUCUCAGUGUUCUCCUCCAUCUUCGUCUCGCUCCCAAAUCUUCUCCCGUUCACCACUCGACACUUCUCGUUCUCCUUCUCCUCUCAGAUCGGUUCACGGCGACUACCUCAUACGCCGACUCAGGCACCCAUGAGGGGUAUUAUGUCUUUGCGAAGAGCAGCUUUGGCUCGGGGCCACAGUGAGAAGUGGGCAACGUGCUUUAGAUCGUUCAGUACCCAGGGUGCAGCAACUGGUACCACACCACAACCACCACCACCUCCCCCACCACCAGAGAAAACCCAUUUUGGUGGCUUGAAAGAUGAAGACCGAAUUUUCACCAACCUUUAUGGUUUGCAUGACCCUUUUUUGAAAGGAGCGAUGAAGAGAGGUGACUGGCAUAGAACCAAAGAUUUGGUUAUCAAGGGUGCUGAUUGGAUUGUAAAUGAAAUGAAGAAGUCUGGCCUUCGUGGUCGUGGUGGUGCUGGUUUUCCAUCUGGCCUUAAAUGGUCUUUUAUGCCGAAAGUUUCAGAUGGUCGUCCUUCCUACCUUGUUGUCAAUGCUGAUGAGAGUGAGCCUGGAACCUGUAAAGAUCGGGAAAUUAUGAGACAUGAUCCACACAAACUUUUGGAGGGUUGCUUAAUUGCUGGUGUGGGUAUGAGGGCUACUGCUGCCUACAUCUACAUCAGAGGUGAGUAUGUGAAUGAGCGCCUAAACCUUGAAAAGGCCAGAAAAGAAGCAUAUGCAGCUGGAUUGUUGGGAAAGAAUGCUUGUGGGUCGGGUUACGAUUUCGAUGUUCAUAUCCAUUAUGGGGCUGGUGCUUAUAUUUGUGGUGAAGAAACAGCUCUUUUGGAGAGCCUUGAAGGGAAACAAGGGAAACCAAGAUUGAAGCCUCCUUUCCCAGCAAAUGCAGGUUUAUAUGGCUGCCCUACCACUGUUACAAAUGUUGAAACUGUAGCUGUUUCUCCCACCAUUUUAAGGCGUGGACCAGAGUGGUUCGCCAGCUUUGGGAGGAAGAAUAACUCAGGGACAAAAUUGUUUUGUGUGUCUGGGCAUGUAAAUAAGCCUUGCACUGUGGAAGAGGAAAUGAGUAUACCUUUGAAAGAGUUGAUUGAAAGGCACUGUGGGGGAGUUAGAGGUGGAUGGGACAAUUUACUUGCUAUUAUUCCAGGUGGUUCAUCUGUCCCACUGCUUCCUAAGAACAUUUGUGAUGAUGUCCUUAUGGAUUAUGAUGCACUCAAAGCAGUUCAAUCAGGAUUAGGGACUGCUGCUGUUAUUGUAAUGGAUAAGUCGACUGAUGUCGUGGAUGCAAUUGCUAGGCUCUCUUACUUUUACAAGCACGAGAGUUGUGGACAGUGCACACCAUGCAGAGAGGGAACAGGAUGGCUCUGGAUGAUUAUGGAAAGAAUGAAAGUUGGAAAUGCAAAGUUGGAAGAAAUUGACAUGCUUCAGGAGCUGACCAAGCAGAUUGAAGGGCACACUAUCUGUGCCUUGGGUGAUGCUGCUGCUUGGCCCGUGCAAGGUCUUAUUAGGCAUUUUAGGCCAGAGCUUGAGAGAAGGAUCAGGCAGCGUGCAGAGCGGGAAUUGCUGGAGGCUGCUGCUUAGAUGUCUUUCAGGUAGUAAUUCUUUCUUCAUCUGUAUUCAUUUCCUUUGAAGCUUUAAAUAACAUUAAUGGCAAUUUAAAGAGAUUAUGGAGUCAUAAGCUUUGCUGGGAUUCUAUUUGGUAUUUUCUUGCUGAAAAUUGAGAUAAAAAGUCAUAGUUUGGGUGAAUUAGAAUGCUGAAUCAAAAGGCUGUUUCUAAUUUGUGGUUGGUAUUGUGUUUACAAGAAAGAUCAUAUUUUAGAAGUUCUUAAAUUCCUUCAAAUGGAUAUGGACUUAGUCUUUAGUUCAUUAUAAUGUUAAUUAUUUAUUUUAUGCAUUUUGUUUGUGCUGGAAUCCUUGCUGUCUUCUGAGUCUUGUAUAAAGCCUUCAGCAUAGAAGGGAGAGAAGCUCUGUAUUUGAACCUGAAAUUAAUUUUAUUUUCUGUAAGAAAAACUGGUUUGGGACUAUUUUGGUCAGUUUAUACGUGCUCAUGAAACUAACUGUGUCAAGUUUAGUUGUACGGUAUUCCAAACAUAGAAAUCAUCUAAUUGUUCUCCGGGGGGGCAAGAAAAAAAAUCGAGUUUCUAAUUUUCAACAAGUAGGUCAUGUUUGGAAUGUUCGAUUGAAUUUUAUAGUAUUAAUUUGUUUUUAUCAUAUAAUUGUGUAAUGAAAAUGAAGAGAAAAAGAAGAAAAAUAAUCAAACAACUAAUUUAUCCCCUAGUACAGGGUAACUUAGUCUCCAUGAGAAUCAAGUGUAAUUACAUUGUGUAAUUACGAAAUAUUAGGACUUUUACACAAUUAGUUAUUCUACAAUGCUAUCUUCUAUAUAAACUGACUUCUUUGCCUAACAUAAAAAUAAUAAUUUCUUAUGUUAUUACUACUUAGUUUGUCUAAUAAUAAGAUAUCGUUGACAAAUGAUCAACUCAUUCAUUUUUCUAUUUUUCUUUUCUCAACCUUAGUAUAUUGUAGGUCAUCUAUCACUAGAAGUAGAAUAACAAUCUUGAGGCAAUUUAUAUGCUUAUGGAGUAAUAUAUACUGGCAAUUUAUCUAAAAUAAGCUAUGACAUUUUCCACUUAUGUAAUUCAAAAAGAUAUAUAUAUAUAUAUAUAUAUAUAGGUGAGAUUUUCCACAUGUUUAGUGACAUUCUUGAAUUUAAACAAUAAUCUGUGGACUGUUCAGGAAAAAUACCUUAUGGUAAGGAGGAAGCAAUGUGCUCCGGAGUAGAGUGGUCGGAGCAUGGCGGCGGUGGUGGUGGGUGGUGUUAGCAAUGUCAUUUGUUUUUAAGCUUUUGUAUCAAAUAACUUAAGAUAUUUCAUUGCUGCCUCGAGGGAACUAUCAUUAUUAUUAUUCAAUUGAGGAUUUUUUCUAAAUGUUUCUUUAUAUAAAGUUGGAUGAAUUUUGUUAAUAUCUUUGUAUUUCUUUACAUCAAUAAAUACUAAACUCAAACCUCCAAAUCCAAGCAUGGUUUCUUGGUGGAGCACCCUUUUAACCAAA